GUAGGCGUGGGCAGGAGAUCCGUAGUCCCACUGCAUCCGGUGUAACUUGUAAGUUUACAAAUAGACCUCUUUCUCGCGGGUAUCGUCAAUCUAGAACCUCUCGAGACUACUCUCCCACCGGAAACCUAGACAGAGGAAGAAGAGGCAGCGAGCGUGCGAAACCCGAACAUCAAAACCGGCAAAAUUCUCUGCCUCCAAUGUUGGAGCUUUCCCGCCAAAUUCAUCGAAACUCAGAACAGACCGUACGGAAGUCAUGACCGCUCCUCGGACAUCCUCCUCCUCCUCCUUCUCGUCGUCACUGAAUCGUUCCCUUGUAAUUGCCAUAUUUUCGGUCAUCCUCCUCUACUUUCGACAUUCGCUUCAACCUUACAUUGAUCGAACGGUGAGCUCCCAGGCAACAGAGGAAACCCUAACCCUCAUCCAAGCGAAAGCAAGAUCCGGCGAGAGCGUCAGAAUCAAAGAAGAAGCUGCAAGAUCCGACGAGAACGUUCGAGUCGAAGAAGAAACUCCUAGGAGGAAUUACAUUGUGAGGUUUCUUGAAUACAAAAGAGCUGAAGAGCAUAGGAAUUACCUCGAAGAGAAUAUCCAAUUGAGAGGGUGGAGAUGGAUCGAGAGAAGGAAUCCGGCUGCCGCGUUCCCGACCGAUUUCGGCCUCGUGUCUAUCGAGGACUCUGUUCGAGAAGCUGUGGUCAAGGAAUUUGGGAAAUUGAGUCUCGUGAAGGAUGUUUCGGUUGAUUUUAGCUAUACUCGGAGCUUGUCUGCGAAGAAGUUGGACGGAACUGGAGCUUUUGUGGAUGGGAAGAAGCGUCCGGGAAAGAUAUUUACUUGUAUGUCAUUCGGCGAGGGAGAAAAUUAUACGGCUCUCAGUAAUUCUGCAAUAAGCUGGAAGCGCAAUCUCAUGAUGCAGAGAUCCCAGGUUACAUCAUUGUUUGGAGCAGAGACACUCUGGACAAAAGGUUAUACGGGUGCUAAAGUCAAAAUGGCGAUAUUUGAUACUGGGAUUCGAGCAAACCACCCACAUUUUCGUAACAUAAAGGAAAGAACCAACUGGACAAAUGAAGAUACUCUUAACGACAACCUUGGACAUGGGACAUUUGUUGCGGGAGUUAUUGCUGGUGAAGAUGCAGAAUGCCUAGGAUUUGCACCUGACACAGAGAUUUAUGCUUUCCGUGUGUUUACUGAUGCCCAGGUAUCUUACACGUCAUGGUUCCUUGAUGCGUUCAACUAUGCUAUUGCAACCAAUAUGGAUGUACUGAAUUUGAGUAUAGGUGGGCCUGAUUAUUUGGAUCUUCCAUUUGUUGAAAAGGUCUGGGAACUGACAGCAAAUAAUAUUAUUAUGGUUUCGGCUAUUGGCAACGAUGGACCACUGUAUGGGACCCUAAACAACCCAGCAGAUCAAAGUGAUGUUAUUGGUGUUGGUGGCAUUGAUUAUAAUGAUCAUAUAGCUUCAUUUUCCUCACGUGGCAUGAGUACUUGGGAGAUUCCUCAUGGAUAUGGUCGCGUGAAACCAGACAUUGUUGCAUAUGGCCGGGAUAUCAUGGGAUCCAAGAUAAGCACAGGUUGUAAAAGCCUUUCAGGCACCAGUGUGGCAAGUCCAGUGGUUGCUGGUGUGGUCUGCCUGCUUGUUAGUGUCAUCCCCGAGAGCAGCCGAAAAGACAUUCUAAAUCCAGCAAGCAUGAAACAAGCACUGGUGGAGGGUGCAGCAAAGCUUUCUGGUCCAAAUAUGUAUGAGCAAGGUGCAGGUAGAGUUGACCUCUUGGAGUCGUAUGAAAUCCUGAUAAACUAUCAACCUCGGGCAAGCAUCUUCCCUAGUGUUCUUGACUAUACAGACUGUCCUUACUCCUGGCCCUUUUGCCGCCAGCCACUCUAUGCAGGUGCCAUGCCUGUAAUCUUCAAUGCCACCAUUUUGAAUGGAAUGGGUGUAAUUGGCUAUGUAGAAGCCCCGCCCUCAUGGCAUCCUUCAGAUGAAGUGGGCAAUCUGCUAAAUAUUCACUUUACCUACUCAGAAGUCAUCUGGCCUUGGACCGGUUAUCUGGCACUCCACAUGCAAAUCAGGGAAGAAGGUGCUCAGUUUUCAGGAAUAAUUGAAGGCAAUGUUACUGUUACUGUAUACAGUCCACCACCUCACGGAGAAAAAAACCCAAGGCGAACUACUUGUGUGCUUCAGUUGAAGCUAAAAGUGGUCCCAACUCCUCCAAGAUCAAAUAGGAUUCUAUGGGAUCAGUUUCACAGCAUCAAAUACCCACCUGGUUAUAUCCCAAGAGAUUCUUUGGAUGUUCGUAAUGACAUUCUUGACUGGCAUGGAGACCACCUGCACACAAACUUCCACAUUAUGUUCAACAUGCUGAGAGAUGCUGGGUAUUACGUGGAGACACUUGGCUCGCCCCUCACAUGCUUUGAUGCCCAGCAGUAUGGGACACUUAUGAUGGUGGACCUUGAGGAUGAAUACUUUGAAGAAGAAGUGGAGAAGCUGAGGGAUGAUGUUAUCAAUAAUGGUUUAGGACUGGCUGUGUUUGCUGAGUGGUACAAUGUUGACACAAUGGUGAAAAUGAGAUUUUUUGAUGAUAACACACGAAGCUGGUGGACUCCAGUUACUGGGGGUGCAAAUAUCCCAGCAUUGAAUGAUCUUUUGGAACCAUUUGGCAUUGCUUUUGGAGAUAAGAUUCUGAAUGGUGACUUUUCUAUCAAUGGCGAGCAGAGCCGCUAUGCAUCUGGAACAGAUAUAGUGAAAUUUCCUGCAGGUGGUUACGUUCACAGUUUCCCCUUCUUGGAUAGUUCAGAGAGUGGUGCCACUCAGAACAUAUUACAGGCUUCUGGCAUGACAAAGGCAGAUUCCUCCAUUUUGGGACUUGUGGACAUGGGCAGGGGUCGUAUUGCAGUUUAUGGUGAUUCUAACUGUCUGGACAGUAGUCACAUGGUGACCAACUGCUAUUGGCUCCUGAGAAAAAUAUUGGAUUUCACUAGCAUGAAUAUCAAAGAUCCUGUGCUUUUCUCAGAUUUAGCCAGAAAGGGUGUUCCACUGUAUGAGGAUGAUAAGCAAUUACCAUCUCGCAGAACUGAUGUCAACUUCUCUACUUAUUCUGCUGUUAAAGGCAAAGAAUUAAUCUGCAGGAGUGACUCCAGAUUUGAAGUAUGGGGAACAAAGGGCUAUGGUUUACAGGUAAGUGGGAGGAACAGAAGAUUGCCUGGAUAUCCUACCAUGAAUUUAGGGGGAGGUUUGAAUUCAACCAUGAGCUUCACUUCAGACCAGACCAAAUUGCAUGGGAAGAAGGAUGAACACUCUUCUGCCAGCACUGUUGGAAACCUAUAUGGCAAAGGGAUAGAUUUCUUGGGUUUGCUCAGCAGAGAGGAGCCUGACACUCCACUGAUAGCUGCAAGUCAAUGGAUGGUACCAGCUAUUGUCGCUAUUUCUGGUCUCCUGUUGCUUCUGAGCUUUUGGCGAAUUCGCCAAAAGCGAAGGCGAAGGAGGAAAGGAUCAAGCUCCGUCUCUGGACGUUCCAUUAAUGUUUAAUUCCAAUCUUAUUGUGGGAUAGAAUGGUUAGAUGGUAUUGGCUAGUUCUUUCACCAUUCAACCUAGAGGUUUCUGCGGCAGCUCUGCCCAAGAAAUUGAUUUUGUACUGCUAUAGCCCUGUAGCUCAUCUUUUUGAGUUGUGAUGCAAUGGCAUAGAUUUUUCUCGAAGUAACGAAGUCAUCAAUCCUGAUCCCACCUGCAACAGAAAAGUGAACUGCCAAUCAGAAGCUAACAAAAAAGAACUUUUCACCAAAUUCCUGGAGGACGCCAACGCCAUUAUUUCUGCUGCCUUGCAAUUCUAAAAGCAUGCAGGUUUCACCAUGUAUCGCCAGAAGCUCCAACAGAACAGGAAAACAAUCACCGCUCCUGAUUAAAAAGGGAAGCAGAAAAUAGCCACCCAACAGGGAUUUACAUGUAUACCAUCCUUGCUAAUUGAGCUAUUAUCAUCUUAAUUCUUCAUUGCAUUAUAAAUACGAGAAUUUUUUCCUUUUAUAAUAGCACAGCUUUUGCUCUC